AUGAAUAGGACGACACCGAAGAAGCGGUCGACGAGAUCGACGCCUAAGAAGGCAUCGAAAGCGACUCCGAAGAAGUCUUCAGCGACUAAUACAACCCCCAAACGGACGCCAAGCAAACGGAAUGCAAAGCCACUGCCGAAGUCACCCAUAUCUGAGUCCAUGAGACAAAUGACAAUCAGUGAGUUCUUCAGACCCCUCGCUUCCCAACCCAUCGUCAAGAAUGAGACAAUUGUGUCGAGUCUGCGGAACAGACAUCUUAGGGUUGAACCGAUGGCGCGAACCAAACCGGAAUCCAUUGAAACAAAUACAAGGACUACGAGAAGAUCUAAGAGAUCUAAAGAGUUGACUAUAAGUCCCAUAUUUGGUGCUCAGAAAAGGCAUUCCCCGGCAAAUGCCACCAAAACAACCAAAAAAGUCAAAAUAAUGGACGAAUCGCUUCCAAACGACUCGCUCUACAAGACGUGCGAUGAACUGAUAGAUAUCACCGCCGAUGACGACACUCAUUACGUGACGGCACAAGAGUUGCAACAAUUAGAUGAAAGUUGUGAACAAAUGUCUAAUUCUGUGGACAAUAAUCUGACAGAAGAUAACAGUAAAGCUUCGCAAAAGUCUAACUCAAAGAAGUGUUCGCAGAAAAAGACUUCAGAGAAGACACAGAUAUUAAACGAACGCAAAGAUAACACAACGACGGGAUGUGAUGGCGAUUCGGACGACGAGUUGAUCCCUGUUUUUAAAAGACUGGAAGUUGUGGACCAAAAGUGCGAGAAUGUCUGCAAAGAGAAUUAUGGCAAAUAUGUGGACAAAGAGAGGCAAAAGAAAAUGAAUUAUAUUUUGAAGAACUUCUCUCGACUUCAAAGAGAUAAGGAAAUGCUUGACAUUCAAGCCGUCGAUGAAAUAGACAAACAGUUUGCAGAAGUGAUGGAAAGUCCGCAAAAAGACAAUCGUUUGGAUGAUUGCGUCAAACCUCCGGAGGAUUUCUAUCAGAUAUUGAGCAGAAUAUCAUCAGAUUUGAGAGCAAUAAGUGAUGAACAAAAUGGUGACGAGAAUAGAGUUCGGAGACAACUGACUAAUAAAGAGUUGAAGACUUUGUCGAAUGCCAUCAAAUUGAUGACCAGAAUAUUGAACAACAGUUCGCUUAAACUAGAGGACAUCGACACCGAAGAAGAACUGAUCCAACUUUUGAUCAUAUUAAGUCGUGUCCAUUGGAAACAACUCAAGAAUGAAGACAUUUAUGUAAUAAUUCAACUCAUUUCACAAUCUAUGGAAUUUCCCAACGAUUUGGUCGUCUAUAAAGAAACAAUAUCACAAAUCCUAAGCACUUUGAGCUGUGAAAUCAACUCAUUUGUCGCAAAGGCAUCUGACUUGGAGUGCAAUGACAUCCACAAAUCACUUAUGAUUUUGAGAACUAUAGUAAAUGUAUCGACAAAACGAUAUUAA